AAAGCUCAUUGCAUGCAUCAGCUUCAUAAUAGAUCAAAUUUGAAUUGAAUGGAUCCUAAAUAGCGGACAAGUCCAAAUCUUUCUUUGCUGUACAAUCCACAUGAACUGCUGAAAUUCAGCCGAAGAAUAAACCCUUUUCAAUAAAACGACCUUUACUGCGACUAAAGCGAGUAGUUUUCUGCAGCUGCGGGUGAGAUAACAUGGCUGUCAUGGCAGAGUUGAUAUCAAAUUCAGUCCAAGAAAUGGCUACCAAUGGACAAGAACCACCAGUGAAGUAUUUCUCUAAAGGAAAUGAUGGUGGAGUCCUGGAUGCUCCUGUUCCUUUAAUUGAAAUCCCAGUUGUUGAUCUUGGUCUCCUUACUUCUCCAUCAACCAGUGCCCAAGAACUUGAGAAGCUUAAAUUAGCUCUUAGCUCAUGGGGCUGCUUUCAGGUAAUAAAUCAUGGAAUGACGAGUUCCUUUUUAGACAAAAUUCGUGAAGUUAGCAAGCAAUUCUUCGCAUUUCCGAUGGAAGAGAAGCAGAAAUACUCCAGAGAAGCUGACAGCAUUGAAGGGUAUGGAAAUGACAUGAUUCUUUCCGACCACCAAACAGUUGACUGGACUGAUCGAUUGUAUCUUACCAUUAGCCCAGAAGACCAGAGAAAGAUCAAAUUUUGGCCCGAAAAUCCUAAAGAUUUUAGGGAAACCCUACAUGAAUACACCGUGAAGUUACAAGAGACAAAUAACUUUCUCCUCGGAGCCAUGGCGAGGUCAUUGAACUUGGAGGAAAGCUGCUUUCUAGACCAGUAUGGAGAACAACCACUUGUGACUGCAAGGUUUAACUUCUAUCCUCCAUGUCCAAGGCCUGAUCGAAUUCUUGGCGUUAAGCCUCAUGCAGAUGCAUCGGCAGUUACCUUCCUCUUGCAAGACAAAGAAGUGGAAGGUCUUCAAUUCCUGAAAGACAACGAGUGGUUUAGAGUUCCCAUCAUUCCACAUGCUCAUUUGUAAAGUCAACCGGUAGAACGGAAAUACUCUGUUGGUAAUUAGAAUUGCCAGU